AUGACCGCGCAAAAAAUGAGGAACGUUCGGCCGCGCCCGGCAGAUUACGGAGACGACCUCGACGAGGUGGAGCACAGCGUCUCAGAGUCGGUCCACAGCGAGGGCGAAAGUGGAAGCGACGCCCCGGACGACGCAGCCUCCAUCAGCGACGAUGAGGAGCAAAGCGGUGCUGGCGACGAGAAUGGUUUCGAACAGCACAUCAGCAAUGUAUCCUUUGGUGCCUUGAAGCAGGCUCAGGAUGCAAUAUCUCGCAAACGCAAGCGCGGGUCCGACACAACUCCAGAGCAAGAUCAGAAACUUGAGGUAUUGAGGGAGCGAUUGCGCCAGAUCAAAGAGCAGAAGGCGGCCACAUCCGCAAAAUCAGGCAAAAAAUCCAAACAGGAUUUGGCAUCAAGACGGGAAGAGGAGGCCUCAGACGACUCCGACUCCGAUUCGGGACCCUCGGAAGAAGACGCCCCGUCGAAAUCUCGAGCCUCCAAGCAUGCUCCUACCACCAUGUCGUCGAAGCGUCAGGUCACCCGCAAGAGACAAGUAGUAGACGUACCCAAACGCGUGGUUCGAGACCCGCGAUUCGACGCCCUGCAUCGAAGCUCCGCGCAUCCCGGCAACAGCGAGAAGGCAUACAGCUUCCUCCAGGAUUAUCAAAAAUCGGAGAUCGAAGAACUGAAAACCGCGAUCAAGCGCAGCAAGAAUGAGGAGGACCAAGAAAUCCUCAGACGCAAAGUAGGCAGCAUGGAGAACAAGCUGAAAGCAAAGGCUGCAAAGGACCGAGAGCAAGAGAUCAUACGCCGACAUCGGAAGGAGGAGCGGGAGAGGAUCGAGCAGGGCAAGAAUCCAUACUACCUGAAGCAGAAAGACAUCAAGGAGAGGGCAUUGGUAGAGAAGUUCAAGGGCAUGAAGAGUAAGGAGAGGGAGAAGCUCCUGGAGAAGCGGCGGCGAAAGGAGGGCCAGAAGGAGAAGAAGCGCAUGCCCGAUGCGAGACGUAUGGCAGGCUAA